AGAUGGGUAACUCUCCUUUUCCACCAGUGGAGUCUCACUCUGAACUCUGAAGCAUCACUUUCCAAUUUUAUAAAGCAGAAUAAGGAUCUUAUUCUUCACUCUUCAGAUCAUUUAAUGGAGGAAUUUUGAUUACUUACUUAUCCAACAAGUUAAGUAGAACAAUUGCCUGAUCAAUGUUCAAGAAUUCCUCCUCCUUCGAUUAAUGUGCCAAGCUUCGGAGCUAAGUUGAUCUGAUUAAACAGACAAGGUUGUGCAACAAAAUUUGUUUAAUUCAUUGAAAAGAAGGAAGGGGGGAACAUGCUGAUGCGGUGGUUACUUGUAUUUGUUACUGGAUUUUCCGUUGGGGCGCUUGCCGUUGUUGCGUUGGAAGCUUUGGGUGUCUAUGUCUUCUUUAAACGAUUGAAUCGCAAGAUUCGACAGCAAGAAGCCCAAUUAUCUUCUGAUUCUUCUCAUAAAGAUCUUGAUCCCCAACAAUCCCUCGAUUACUUGUAUAACAAGAAGGGAGUUGUCUGGGUUCUAGAACCAGAUAAAGUUCCCAGAAAUUGGGCGGGAGACAAAAUGCCAAAAGAGCAAAAGAAGAAAAAGGAUGUCUUUGAGGUUAAUCCUGUUAAGAAAUAUGCAAAAAUCAAGGAUCGAUUUCUUAUUUUGACAAAUUUAGAUGGUUCCCCACAUGCAGCUUUUCCAUUAAAGGGUUGCAUUGUAGAAGCUGUUUCCGCUACAGAGCUUUCUUCGAGAAAAUGGGCCAAAAGAUUUCCCAUAAAAGUAGAAAGCAAGGCUUCUGUGAUAUAUAAUGCAAGUAAAACAGUUUACCUUUAUCUUGAGACAUCUUGGGAGAAAGAGUCGUGGUGUAAAGCCCUCCGGCUUGCUUCAUGUGAUGACAAAGAAAGACUUAACUGGUUCACCAGGUUGAGAGAAGAGUUCCACUGUUAUUUGGCAUCCUUAAACACAGGAUACCCUUCAUUUAUGAAACCCUCAGCGGGAUUCAAUGCCGAGCCACUAGAUAGGGUGAGUAAGCUUGAUGUUUCUGCAUCAAAGUUUCGCUUGCUUUUGAAAAAGCUUGCAAGAAAGGCUUCAAAGACCAGCGUAGAGAAUAGGGGAACUUCCUCACCAGGCCAUGAAGAGAAAAAGAUUAAUGACAAGAAUCAGUCUUUCCAAGAUCCAAUUUUGAGUACUAGCUCGGCAAAAACUGCUCCAACAUCAAAGGCAGUACUAUGUUCCGAGGAAAAUAUGGCAGUAAUUCCAUCAUCCACCUUUUCUUGCUCAGCAAGCCAAAACCCUAUUUCUGUUGUUUCUGAAGUUGAUUCUGAUGACAAGUUCAAUACUGAUGAAGGAACACUCUGUUGGAAUUUGCUUUUUUCUCGGAUUUUUUUUGAUGCCAAAAGCGAUGCUAAGAUAAAGAGUUCAGUGCAAGCAUGGAUUCAGAGAAAAUUGUCCAAUAUGAGGACACCCAAUUACAUUGGUGAAGUUGUAUGUACGGAUAUAGGCCUUGGGAGUCUACCGCCUUAUAUCCAUGGUAUAAGAGUACUUCCUAUGGACAUGAAUGAGGUAUGGGCAUUGGAAGUUGAGGUUGAAUAUUGUGGAGGGCUGGUGCUAGAUAUUGAAACGAGACUGGAAGUUCAGAAUCUCCAAAAGGAUAUGGUCGAUACAAACUCAGAGUCGAGCUCUGUUGGGGAUGUCUCUGCAGACCUCCUGGAAGGAUUUGAAUAUUUUGGAGAACAGCUGAAUCUUCCUGAAGGGUCUGCUGAUUCACAAGAUAGGAGGAAUGAAGAAAAUCAUAAACUUGAUGGGUUAAAAGACUCCACAAGUUAUUUGUCUGCAUCAGCUAAUGUGUCUAGGUGGAAGUCCAUUCUUAAUUCUAUUGCAAAACAGGUUUCGCAGGUACCCCUGUCUUUGUCCAUAAGGGUUGCGUCCCUUCGUGGAAGGCUGCGUUUACAUAUAAAGCCACCUCCUUCUGAUCAGUUAUGGUAUGGAUUCACAUCUAUGCCUGAUAUAGAGUUUGACUUGGAGUCAUCUGUUGGGGAACACAAGAUUACUUGUGCACAUAUUGCUUUGUUCUUGAUCAACCGGUUUAAGGCUUCCAUCAGAGAAACUAUGGUGCUUCCUAACUGUGAAAGCUUAUGCAUUCCCUGGUUGUUGGCUGAAAAGAAUGACUGGCUACCUCGGGCAGCUGCUCCUUUUAUGUGGCUUAAUCGAGAAGCCAGUAGUGAUCAUGCCGCUGCAUGCGACUCUCUUGGCUGCCAAUCUCAUGAAGCAAAACCCAAGGAAGACUCUCAUGGGAGAGCCUCCAAUUAUGAUCCAGAAAGCAAGCACUUAAAGAACACUGAGUGCGCGCAUCAAUCGGUUUCUGAUUCUUCCAAUGCCUUGGAAAGCUCAUUGCAGGAACUAACUAGUCCUUUAUUAGCAAACUUUGAACCACGAGAAAUUUCCCAACAAAGUAGAGGUUGUAUGUCAGAGCGUCAAUCACCAUCUAGGUCUCUUACAAUUGCCGAAAAACAUAAUCAUACCGCGGAAGAACAUGAUUUAAGACCGAAGAGGAUGGGCAGAAGAGCAAGGAUGCUAGAUUUGGGAAAGAAAAUGGGAGACAAACUUGAAGAGAAGAGACGUCAUAUCGAAGAAAAGGGCAGGAACUUUGUUGAGAAGAUACGAGGACCAUGAACUGCCAAAAACGAGGAGACCUGGACGUGUAGAGAAUUAGUAGCCAAUUCCAUUUAUAGAUACAGGACUGGAGACACCCAUCAGCCAUCAAAUUCAAUAGAUGAUUAUGUAUAAUAUUUUAGCUGCUAAACUUAUUUUUGAUAUAGAAUUGGCAAAGCCCUAUUGAGCUCCCA